CGCUCAGGGUCUAACACCAAAACGUCUCGCGUGAUGUAACAUAUUUUAUUGAUUUGAAACAUGGCGUCGGAAGGAGAGGCGGCCAAUGCUUCUGUUGUUGAACCAGAGACCGGGGACGGUGAUGCUGGAUUUGGGGACUUGACAGGCAACCUGGAGACGGAGUCAUCGAAUGGCAAAGAGGCCAUGGAUCCGGGUAGUGAGGGUUUGGAGGCAGCUGACACCCAGACAGGUUCUGGGGACGAGGAGAGCGGCAGGCACCAGGGAGAGGUGGAGCUGCAGUGUGCUCUCUGUAUGAAGUGGUUCACCGCCGACACCUUCAGCAUUGACACCGCGACGUGUCUGCCUUUCAUGACCAACUAUGUUUUCCAUUGUAACGUGUGUCAUCACAGUGGCAACACCUACUUCCUCCGGAAACAAGCCAACCUGAAGGAGAUGUGUCUGACUGCUCUGGCUAACCUCACAUGGAGCUCCAGGACUCAGGAGGAGCACCCCAAGACUAUGUUCUCCAAAGACAAGGACAUCAUCCCGUUCAUUGAUAAGUACUGGGAGUGUAUGACCACCCGACAGAGACCUGGAAAACUUACAUGGCCCAACAACCUAGUCAAGACCAUGAGUAAAGAGCGGGAUGUGUUCUUGGUGAAGGAGCACCCAGACCCAGGCAGUAAGGACCCAGAGGAGGACUACCCCAAGUUUGGCCUGCUGGACCAGGACCUGGGCAACAUUGGACCGUCUUACGACAACCAGAAACAGACCACCGCUGCUCCCACUCCUGGAGGGCUCAACGGUGGACCUUCUUUCUCAGGUGGUCUGGCCCCUGGCCCUGGUAAAGGUAGAGGAGCCAAGCGUAAGCAGCAGCAGCAACAACAGGAGGGCGCCACAGCUGGAGCAGCUAAGAGAACACGCAGUGACCCUCUGUUCUCGGCCCAGCGUCUUCCUCCCCAUGGCUACCCUCUGGAGCACCCCUUCAACAAAGAUGGCUACCGCUACAUCCUAGCAGAGCCGGACCCCCACGCCCCCGACCCAGAGAAACUAGAGCUGGACUGCUGGGCUGGGAAACCUAUCCCCGGAGACCUCUACAGAGCCUGUCUCUACGAGAGAGUACUGCUAGCCCUGCACGACAGAGCCCCACAGCUGAAGAUCUCAGAUGACCGUCUGACAGUGACAGGGGAGAAGGGUUACUCCAUGGUCAGAGCCUCCCACGGUGUCAGGAAAGGAUCUUGGUACUUUGAGGUCUCCAUCGAUGAGAUGCCCCCAGACACCGCAGCCAGACUGGGCUGGUCUCAGCCUCUGGGUAACCUGCAAGCCCCCCUGGGCUAUGAUAAGUUCAGCUACUCAUGGCGUAGUAAGAAGGGGACACGGUUCCACCAGUCUGUAGGGAAACACUACUCCUCAGGCUACGGACAGGGAGACACGCUGGGCUUCUUCAUAGAACUACCAGACGGCACUGAGACAGCCAAGGCACUGCCGGACACUUACAAGGACAAGGCGCUGAUUAAGUUUAAGAGCUACCUGUACUUUGAGGAGAAGGACUAUGUGGACAAGGCAGAGAAGAGCCUGAAGACUGUUACCCCCAGCAGGAUGCUGUUCUAUAAGAAUGGGGUUAACCUGGGUCUGGCCUAUGAAAACCUGUUUGAGGGGCUCUACUUCCCUGCCAUCUCUCUCUACCGGGGCUGCACGGUUUCAGUUAACUUUGGACCACUUUUCAAACACCCUCCAAAAGACAUCAAGUACCAGCCAAUGAGUGAUAUGGGCUGGGGAGCAGUGAUCGAACAUACACUGGCUGACAUGUUGUAUCACGUAGAGACGGACGUGGAUGGACGGCGUAGCCCUCCCUGGGAAGGAUAAACACACACCUCCAGAGAUAAACACACACACAGAUGGCCAGUUGUGUUUGGACAGGCAUGGAGGAGUCCAUUCCAUCAUUUAUAGGUGGGUUGAUGUCAACCUGAACAUGAACACUUUGCAGUCUCUCUGUGGUGUCCCUUAAACAUUGUCAUUGGUAACUUAAAUCAGCUGUACACUUCUAUUGAACAAGAUGUGUGUGAUCUAAAAUGAGACUUGCUUAUCUGAACAACUCUUUUUUGUGUAUGAAGCACUUUAGGUGUUCCAGCACUAUAAAAUAAUGUAUGUAUGGACAAGUUUCAAAUUCAUUAUCCAUUUUUGUCAAACACCCCAGAUAUUCUCAGUUCCAGAUAUUCUUUCUUCAACCAUAUGAACAUGUUCAUUACCUGCCAGCUGGUCUCAAGCUAGGGUUCCAUACUAUUGGCCACAGAUCUUCAUGCAAAUAUGAUAAAAAUCUGACUGGUUGCGAAUUAGUCUGCGUGACGACAUAGUGCACAUAAAAACAACUUUUGUGGUUAAAUUCCUAUGUACCGAAUAAAAAAACGUAAAUCAA